UAGGAACAACAACACAAUUGUCUUACCUAGCGUUUUCAUGCCUGCCUCCAGUCACAGUCGUCUUGUUAACAAGUCAAGAAGGCAGUAGGCUCUCUUGACACCUGAGUGAGCGUUAUGGAAUACUUACUUCAGGUCAAAAUAUGUGCUUUAUUUGGUUUGUUGCUAUUAACUCUUUUCUUCGGAUUCAUCCCGGCUCGAGUGAAGUGGUUUAGGCACACAGACGGGACAGAGACCCACCGCACCGUCCUGAGUCUGAUCAGUUGCUUCGCCGGCGGGGUUUUCCUGGCAGCAUGUUUGCUGGAUAUCGUUCCCGACUACCUGUCGGACAUCAACAGCGUGCUGGAUUCCAGGAAGUUGGAGACCAACUUCCCUCUCCCGGAGUUCAUAAUGGCCGCCGGCUUCUUCACCGUCCUCAUACUGGAACGCAUGGUCCUGAACUGUCGUGAGGCCAGAGGUACGCCGCAUGACAGCGAGAGAGCCCCGCUCAUCCGGGACGGCAGGAACGGCCAUGACCACGUCCACGGCGCCUCCACCGGUGCGGAUCUGGAGAGCAGCGGCCAUCAUGUCCACGUCGACUUUCAGGCCCACUCGCCUUUCCGCUCCUUCAUGCUCUUCCUCUCUUUGUCGCUCCAUUCGGUUUUCGAGGGGCUCGCUAUUGGCCUGCAGAACACCGACUCUAAGGUUUUAGAAAUCUGCAUCGCCAUCCUCGUCCACAAGAGCAUCAUCGUAUUCAGCUUGUCGGUGAAGCUCGUCCAGAGCGCGAUUCGUCCGCUGUGGUUGGCCGCUUACAUCGGCGUCUUCGCCACCAUGUCGCCUCUGGGCAUCGCCGUAGGCAUCAGCGUGAUGGAGGCCGAGCUGGAGGCCGGAACGCUGAUACAAUCCAUCCUGGAGGGGCUGGCCGCCGGCACCUUCAUCUACAUCACCUUCCUGGAGAUCCUCCCUCACGAGCUCAACUCCCCCGGGAAGCAGCUCCUCAAGGUGCUCUUCAUCCUGCUGGGCUUCAGCAUCAUGGCCGCCCUCACCUUUCUGGGUUGAGGGGUUUCCACCACGGCGCACGUUCUCACUUUCAUGGCCGUUUUUUUUUAAAGGAACACGAUGAUCUUACUUUUUAGGAUAUUCCGUACAUGAAUUGUAAAUAUAACUUAUUUUAGGAUGCGUUUAUGAGAAGGAACACUUGUGAGGCACGCACGGACGUGACCUCCAAUCAGCGUGAGAAGAAGGUCCUCCAUCACGUUUCAUUUUUAUUAAAGUGCCUUUUUACGUGUACUACGUUCAAUCAUAUGAAUUACUUCUACAGGUUUUAUGAAGUAUUACGAUGAAUGCCAUCAAGAGAAAAUAUGGGAUUUAUGAUUUGUUUUUUUUACUGUUUGCACUUUUCUAAUAAAGCAUCAGUGAGUGGGUGGGCUAUUAAAUCAUUCUAUUCAUUUGUUUCUUUCCACUUUUUCCUGAUUAUGCAGUAAUAUGUAAUUAUUAGACUAUUUAUUCAUAAAAAUAAUGGAUUUGACAAUUUUUUUUUAACUUUUCUGUCAUGAUUAAAAAACAUUUUGCUUAUUAUUUUGCAUAAUAC